GCCGGUUCCCCACACGGGCCCUCUCUACCCUGGACACUGCGCCUGGCAGCCACCGGCCAUGCCGGGCAGUUGGGGCCUCUCGCUCUGCGUCCUCGCCUUCUGCCUGGCAGGCCCCAGCUUUGUCAGGAGCCAGAAGGCACAGUCCAAGCGCUGCGAUGUGAAGACCAAGCUUGUCACCCACACACCCUGUACCGCGUGUCCUGCCAUCAAGAAGCGGGUGUGUCCGCCUGGUUGGAUCCGACAGUUCCCACUGAAGAUCUCCCAGGAUUGCAGCUAUGAAGUGCAACUGGGGGAUGGGCUGGUGACCAUGAGUGGCUGCAGCAUGGAGUGCUGGAAGGACAUGGUACAGAAGGCCUGCUGCCCCGGCUACUGGGGGUCCCAGUGCUACGACUGUCCCGGGGGUGCCAAGAACCCGUGCAACGGCCAUGGGACCUGCCUGGAUGGGCUAAACAGGAACGGAACCUGCAUAUGCCAGGAAAACUUCGGGGGAACAGCCUGCCAAGAGUGCCGGGACCCCAACCACUUUGGGCCUGACUGCCAGUCAAAAUGCAACUGUGUGCAUGGAGUAUGCAACCGUGGGCCACUGGGGGAUGGCUCCUGCCGCUGCUCUGCUGGCUACACUGGACCCCACUGUGACCAAGUGUUACCUGUGUGCCGGGACCUGAACUGCCCCCAGAACUCGGAGUGUUCUGCCGAGUCCCCCUCCUGCAGCUGCCUGCCUGGUUAUACCCAGGAAAAGACAGAAUGCCAAGCCCUUGAUCCCUGCUGGCCAUCACCCUGCUCCCCUCUGGCCAAGUGCUCCAAGAGCCCGCAGGGGCAGGCACAGUGCCGCUGUCCUGACAACUACCACGGCGACGGGAAAGUGUGUCUGCCCCAUGACCCCUGCACCGUCAACUAUGGUGGCUGCCCCAGUGACUCCACCGUGUGCCUGUACCAGAAGCCGGGCAAGUCUUCCUGUGCAUGUAAGCCUGGCUUGCUCAGCAUUGCCCGGAACGCCUCUGCCGGCUGCUUCGCCUCCUGCUCCCCGCACAGCUGUGACCGCUCAGCCACCUGCAAGGUGACCCCUGAAGGGAAGAUCAGCUGUGUGUGCAAGGAGGGGGAAGUGGGGGACGGGCGCGCCUGCUACGGGCACCUGCUCCAUGAAGUCCAGAAGACCGGCCAGAUCGGCAUGGUGUUCCUGCGGUUGAGGCUCGCCUACACCAUGCUGGAGCAAGGCUGCCAGGAGCUGCUCACCAAUUCCGGGCCCUUCACGGUGCUCGUGCCGACGGUCUACGACCCCUCCAAGAGCGUGAACGCCUCCCUGGCACGCCAGCUCUGCCGGCAGCAAGUCAUCGCAGGGCAGCACUUGCUGGAGGACCCCAGGACCCAGAACGCACGCAGGUUGUGGACACUGGCGGGGCAGCAGAUCACCAUCAUCUUCAACCGCUUUCUGCAAAAGUACACGUACACGUAUAGUGACCAGCCGCAGCAGACCUUCACCGUCCAGACCACCAACCUCCCCGCCGCCAACGGCGUCUUUCACCUGGUCACCCCUCUGCGGUGGCAGCCCCCACCCACAGUGCUGCAGGACCACAAAAGAACCAUCGGCCAGAUCCUCGCUUCCACAGAGGCCUUCAGCAGAUUUGAGACCAUCCUGGAGAACUGUGGUCUGCCCUCCAUCCUGGAUGGGGCCGGCCCCUUCACAGUCUUCGUCCCCAGCAACGAGGCCGUGGACAGCCUGCGUGACGGCCGCCUCAUCUACCUCUUCACAGCAGGUCUGUCCAAGCUGCAGGAGCUGGUGAAGUUCCACAUCUCCAACCAGGGCCAGCUGACUGUGGACAAGAUCGUCUCCAAGGGCCGGAUUCUCACCGUGGCCAACCAAAUCUUGAUGGUGAACAUUUCAGAGGAGGGACGCAUCCUGCUGGGACCGGAGGGGGUCCCGCUGCAGAAGGUGGACAUUCUGGCCGCCAACGGUGUCAUCCACAUGCUGGAUGGCGUGCUGCUGCCACCCACCAUCCUGCCCAUCCUGCCCAAACACUGCGACGAGGAGCGGCACCAGAUUGUGGAGGGCUCCUGUGUGGACUGCCAAGCCCUAAACACGAGCACGUGCCCCGAAAACAGUGUGAAGCUGGACCUCAUGUUCAAGGAGUGCGUCUACAUCCAUGAUCCCACAGGGCUCAACGUCCUCAAGAAGGGCUGCGCCAUCCACUGCAACCAGACUGUGCAGAAACCCGGCUGCUGCAAAGGAUUCUUUGGGCCUGACUGUGCACAGUGUCCUGGGGGCUUCUCCAACCCCUGUUAUGGUAAAGGCAAUUGCAAUGAUGGGAUCCAGGGCAAUGGGGCCUGCGUCUGCUUCCCAGACUUCAAGGGCCUCGCCUGCCACAUCUGCUCCAAUCCCAACAAGCACGGCGAGGAAUGCCAGGAAGACUGUGGCUGCAUCCACGGAAUCUGUGACAACCGUCCUGGCAGCGGGGGUGUGUGCCAGCAAGGAACGUGCACCUCUGGUUUCAGUGGUCGCUUCUGCAACGAGUCCACGCAAAGCUGUGGACCCUCGGAGCAGACCCAGAACUGUGACCCGAAUGCCCGCUGCGUCAGCCAGGGGGGUGUGGACAGGUGUGUCUGUCUGGAUGGUUUUAAGGGUGACGGAUUCUCCUGUACACCUCACAGUCCCUGCUCCCUCCCGGACCGUGGCGGCUGCUCCGAGAACGCGGAGUGUGUCCCUGGGGCCUCUGGCACCCACAACUGCACCUGUCACAAAGGCUGGACUGGGGAUGGCCGGGUCUGCGUAGCCAUCGAUGAGUGUGAGCUGGACGCACGGGGCGGCUGCCAUGCUGAUGCACUCUGCAGCUAUGUGGGACCUGGGCAGAGCCGGUGCACCUGCAAGUUGGGCUUUGCAGGGGAUGGUUACACCUGCAGCCCCAUCGAUCCCUGCCGGGCUGGUAACGGUGGCUGCCAUGACUUGGCUACCUGCCGGACAGUGGGGGGCGGCCAGAGAGUCUGCACGUGCCCCGCUGGCUAUGGCGGUGAUGGUCUCAGCUGCUAUGGAGACAUCUUCCGGGAGCUGGAAGCAAAUGCCCACUUCUCUGUCUUCUACAAAUGGGUGAAGGAUGCUGGCAUCACUCUCCCCGCCGACGGCCGUGUCACCGCACUGGUGCCUUCUGAGUCUGCCAUCCGUAGGCUGAGCUCCGAGGACCAGGCCUUCUGGCUGCAGCCCAGAACACUGCCACAGCUGGUCAGGGCCCAUUUUCUCCAGGGUGCCCUGUCUGAGGAGGACUUGGCCCAGCUGGGUGGGCAGAAAGUGGCUACCCUGAGCCCCACCAUCCGCUGGGAGAUCCGCAACAUUAGCGGGAGGGUCUGGGUGCACAAUGCCAGUGUGGACGUGGCCGACCUCCUCGCCACCAACGGUGUCCUGCACAUUCUCAGCCAGGUCCUCUUGCCUCCCAGAGAAGACGUACCAGCCAGGCAGGGACUGUUGCAGCAGCUGAACUUGGUGCCUGCCUUCCACCUCUUUGGCAAGCUGCUGCAGCGCCAUGGACUGGUGUCCAAGAUUGAAGCUGCCACUGCCUAUACCAUCUUUGUGCCUACCAACCACUCACUGGAAGCCUAUGACAACAGCAGCAGUCUGGAUGCCGACACCGUGCGCCACCAUGUGAUUCUGGGCGAGGCACUAUCCACAGAGACGCUGCAGAGGGGCGGUCAUCGCAACUCCCUGCUGGGCCCCAGCCACUGGCUUGUCUUCUACAACCACAGUAGCCAGCCGGAGGUGAACCACGUACCCCUGGAAGGCCCUGUGCUGGAGUCCCCUGGCUGCUCCCUCUAUGGCCUUUCGGGAGUUCUAACAGUGGGUUCAAGUCGUUGUCUCCAAAGCCACGCGGAGGCCCUGAGGGAGAAAUGUGUCAACUGCUCGCGGAAGUUCCGCUGCACUCGGGGCUACCAGCUGGAGAACACCCCCCAGAAGAGCUGCAUGUUCCGGUCUGGCUACUCCUUCUCCCGGGGCUGCUCGUACACCUGUGCCCGGAAGAUCAAGGUGCCCGACUGCUGUCCCGGCUUCUUCGGGGUGCUGUGUGAGCCAUGCCCUGGGGGCCUCGGAGGCGUGUGCUCAGGCCAUGGGCAGUGCCAGGACAGGCUCCUGGGCAACGGGGAGUGCCGCUGCCGCGAGGGCUUCCACGGGACAGCCUGUGAGAUGUGCGAGGUGGGUCGCUACGGGCCCAACUGCACCGGAGAGUGUCGCUGUGCCCAUGGGCUGUGCCAGGAGGGACUACAAGGGAACGGGAGAUGUGUCUGUGACGUGGGCUGGCAGGGUCUCCGCUGUGACGAGAAGAUCAGCAGCGUUCAGUGCCCACAGUGCGAUGCCAACGCCAACUGCCUCCAGGUCUCAGGGGCAGACCCCGUGUGUGUCUGUGCUGCGGGUUAUUCCGGCAAUGGCACCUUCUGCUCAGAGGUGGACCCCUGUGCCCACAAUCGCGGGGGCUGCUCUCCCCAUGCCAACUGCACCAAGGUGGCACCCGGACAGCGGACAUGUACCUGCCAGGAUGGCUACUCGGGUGAUGGGGAGCUGUGUCAGGAAGUUAACAACUGUCUUAACCACAAUGGGGGCUGCCAUGAACACGCAGCCUGCAUCCCCGUCGGCCCCCAGCAGGUCUCCUGCAACUGUCGCGAUGGAUACAGUGGGGACGGCAUCAAGACCUGCAAGCUCCUGGACCCCUGCACCCAGCGGAAUGGGGGCUGCAGCCCCUACGCCAUGUGCAAGAGCACGGGAGAUGGCGAGAGGACCUGCACCUGCAACCCAGCCCAAACUGUUGGGGAUGGUUUCACCUGCCGUGCCCGAGUCAGCCUGGAGCUCCUGCGAGACAGCCAAGCCUUGUUCUUCAGUCUUCACCUCUUGGAAUACAAGGAGCUCAAGGGAGAUGGGCCCUUCACGAUCUUUGUGCCCCACGCAGGUGUCCUGGCCAACCUGUCACAGGACGAGCUGACCCGCAUUCGGGCUCAGCGCUCCCUCGUGUUCCGCUACCACGUGGUGGGCUGCCGGAGGCUCCGCAGCCAGGACCUGCUGCAGGAGGGCUACGCCACGGCGCUCUCGGGCCACUCGCUGCGCUUCAGCGAACGGGAGGGCAGCAUUUACAUCAAUGAGUACGCCCGUGUGGUGAACAGUGACCAGGAGGCCGUGAACGGUGUCCUGCACUUCAUCGACCGUGUCCUGCUGCCACCCGAAGCCCUGCACUGGGAGCCCAGGACAGCGCCCACCCCGAGGAGAAAUGUCACUGCUGCUGCGGAGAGCUUUGGGUACAAGAUCUUCAGCGGCCUUGUGAAGAAAGCCGGCCUCCUGCCCAUGCUGCGUGAUGGUUUCCAUAGGCCCCUGACCAUGCUGUGGCCCACAGACUUGGCCCUGAAGGCACUGCCGCCAGAUCGGCAGGCCUGGCUGUACCACGAGGACCACCGUGACAAGCUGGCAGCCAUCCUGCGGGGUCAUGUGAUCCGCAACGUCGAGGCUUUGGCAUCUGACCUGCCCAACCUGGGUUCCCUCCGGACCAUGCACGGGACCCCCAUCUCCUUCUCCUGCAGUCGAGCUCGGCCGGGUGAGCUCCUGGUGGGAGAGGAUGAAGCCCGCAUUGUGCAGAGGUACCUGCCCUUCGACGGUGGCCUGGCCUAUGGCAUCGACCAACUGCUGGAACCCCCUGGCCUUGGUGCCCGCUGUGACCGCUUUGAGACUCUGCUGCUGCGAUUGGACUGCAGUAUCUGCGGGAUGGAGCCACCAUGUCCUGAGGGUUCCCAGGAGCAGGGCAGCCCCGAGACCUGCUUGCGCUUCUUCUCCAAGUUCUGGUCAGCGCCGCCACUCCACUCACAGGGCAUGCGCAGUACUUGGGCCCGACCCAAGUUCUGGGACCUGGGAAGGGGUUGCCAUCGCAAUUGUGUCACCACCAGCUGGAAGCCCAGCUGUUGCUCCGGCCACUAUGGCAGCAGUUGUCGAGCUUGCCCAGGUGGUGCCAGCAGGCCCUGUAACAAACAUGGUGUGUGUCUGGAUGGCAUGAGUGGCAGCGGGCAGUGCAAGUGCCUUCCAGGAUUUGAGGGCACAGCGUGUGAACUCUGUGCCCCGGGGUACUUUGGACCCUAUUGCCAAGCCUGUGCCUGCACCUCCCACGGCACCUGUGAUGAGGGCAUUGGGGGCUCUGGCUCCUGCUUCUGCCUCGAGGGCUGGACAGGGUCUCGCUGUGAGGUACAGCUGAAGUUGCAGCCUGUAUGCACCCCACCCUGCGCACCCCAGGCUGUGUGUCGUGUGGGCAACUCCUGCGAGUGCAACCUGGGUUACGAAGGGGAUGGCCACCAGUGCACAGUGGCGAAUCUGUGCCAGGACGGGAAUGGUGGUUGCAGCCAGCAUGCCACCUGCAGCCAGAACGGAACGGCUGUCACCUGCACCUGCCUGCCUGACUAUGAGGGUGAUGGCUGGAGCUGCCGAGGCAGAGACCCCUGCGCCGAUGGGCAGCGAGGGGGCUGCAGCGAGCAUGCCGACUGCUUGAGCACUGGCCCGAACUCACGGCGCUGUACGUGCCACGCUGGCUAUGUGGGCGAUGGGCUGCAUUGUGUGGGGGAACCCCAGCCGCCUGUGGACCGCUGCCUGAGCCAACCCCGCCCGUGCCAUUCAGACGCCAUCUGCACGGACCUGCACUUUCAGGAGAAGCGGGCCGGCGUCUUCCACCUGCAGGCUCCCAGCGGCCCCUACGGCCUCAACUUCUCCGAGGCCGAGGCGGCCUGCGGCGCCCAGGGAGCGGCCCUGGCUUCCCUCCAGCAGCUGUCCGCGGCCCAGCAGCUGGGCUUCCACCAGUGCCUGGUGGGCUGGCUGGCCAACGGCUCGGCGGCCCACCCCGUGGUGUCUCCCGCGCCCGACUGCGGCAACGGCCAGGUGGGCAUCGUCAGCCUGGGGCACCGGCAGAACCGCUCGGAGCGCUGGGACGCCUUCUGCUACCGCCUGACAGACGUGUCCUGCCAGUGCCGAGGCGGCUUCGUGGGCGACGGCACCAGCACGUGCAACGGGAAGCUGCUCGACGUGCUGGCCGCCACCGCCAACUUCUCCACCUUCUACGGGAUGCUGCUGAGCUACGCCAACGCCACCCCCAGGGGCCUGGCCUUCCUGGACUUCCUGGACCUCGAGCGCCCCUACAAGACGCUCUUCGUGCCCAUCAACGAAGGCUUCAAGGACAACAUGACGCUGAGCGGCCCCGACCUGGAGCUGCACGCCUCCAACGCCACCUUCCUCAGUGCCAACGCCAGCCGGGCCACCUCGCUCCCUGCCCACUCGGGCCUCAGCCUCGUGGUCGGGGACGCGGGCGCCAACAGCUCCUGGGCCCCUGCGGCCCCAGGGACGGUGGUGGUCAACCACGUCAUCGUGUGGGACAUCAUGGCCUUCAAUGGCAUCAUCCACGCGCUGGCCAGCCCCCUCCUGGCGCCCCCACAACCUCGGGCUGUGGUGGCACCUGAGGCCCCACCCGUGGCAGCAGGCGUCGGGUCUGUGCUAGCUGUCGGGGCCCUGCUGGGCCUCGUGGCUGGAGCCUUCUACCUCCGGGCCCGAGGCAAGACCACGGGGUUUGGCUUCUCCUCGUUCCAGGUGGAAGAAGACGCCAAGGAUGACUUCUCCCCGUGGCAGGAGGGGACCAGCCCCACCCUGGUCUCGGUCCCCAACCCUGUGUACGGCAGCCACGAUGCUUUUGGGGAGCCCUUUGAUGACUCACUUCUAGAGGACAACUUCCCGGACACCCAGAGGAUCCUCGAGGUCAAGUGAGGGUACUGGACAGAGGAGAGGUGGCACAGGCACAGAGCAAGCGAGCGAGGGAGCGAGAGCACUUUUAUUGCCCAAGUGGACAGAUGCCAGUGUGUGUUCAUGUUGUGUACGUGUGACGAAUAAAGGCGUCCUCAGCGGAUGUGGGCCAUGUCGCUGAGGAAGGGGGUCUUCA